CUAAAAAUUUCAAAGACACACUAAUAUAUGUGCAAAUAUUUCAAAAUCCAAAAUAGUGGUGAACAAAGCAUUUAGCAUAAUGCAUUCUCAAGUGCAUUUAACUCUGGCAUAAAGAAGCAUAUAUGGGGCUUUCUAAGCAGCUCACCCUGGGACCUUCAGAGGUGAGAACUCAGAGGCUUUCAGCCUGAGGAAACAGGAUCAGCUGAGGAGUUCAUGAGGCCUCACUAGCCAGUCAGGCCCUCCAGACGACCUCCCAGUCAGAAGUGGCACAAGGUCCUUCCAGCAGCCAGCUUCAGGCUUGACUUUGAAGAGGAGAAGGCACCAGUGGUUUUGUGUGGUCUGCUACAAGUGCAGGGAGCUGGGCAGAGAUCAUAGACAAGCUGGGAAAUCACAACAUGAAUGCAGUGACCUAUGAUGAUGUGCAUGUUGGCUUCACUUGGGAAGAGUGGACUUUGCUGGAUCCUUCCCAGAAGAAUCUCUACAAAGAUGUGAUGCUGGAAACCUACUGGAACCUCACUACUAUAGGAUACAGUUGGGAAUACCAUAAUACUGAUGAACAUUGUCCAAGUUAUAGAAGACAUGGAAGGCAUGAAAGAAGCCAAAUUGGAGAGAAACCUUCUGUAUAUAUUCAGUAUGGUAAAGCCUUUGCAUAUGAGAGUCAUUUUCACAGGCAUGAAAGAACACAUACUGGAGAGAAACUCUUUGAAUGUAAUCAGUGUGGUAAAGCCUAUGUUCAUCACAGUAGUCUUCAGAUGCAUAAGAAAACACAUACUGGAGAGAGACCCUAUGAAUGCAAUGAAUGUGGUAAAGCCUUUGCACGAUAUGGUCAUCUUCAAAGGCAUGAAAGAACACAUACUGGAGAGAAAUUAUACAAUUGUAAUCAGUGUGAUAAAGCCUUUUCAAAAUACAUUAGUCUUCAAAUACAUAAAAGAAGACAUACUGGAGAGAAACCUUAUGAAUGUAACCAAUGUGGUAAAGCCUUUGUUCAUCACAGUAUUCUUCAAAGGCAUGAAAGAACACAUAUUGGAGAGAAACCCUAUGAAUGCAAUCAAUGUGGUAAGGCCUUUGUUUAUCAUAGUAGUCUUCAAAUACAUAAAAGAAAACAUACUGGAGAGAAACCCUAUGAAUGUAAUCAAUGUGGUAAAGCCUUUGCACAACAUGGUCAUCUUCAAAGGCAUGAAAGAUCACAUACUAGAGAGAAACCCCAUGAAUGUAGUCAAUGUGGUAAAGCCUUUGCACGUCAGAGUCAUCUUCAAAUGCAUGAAAGAACACACACUGGAGAGAAACCCUAUGAAUGUAUUCAAUGUGGUAAAGCCUUUGCACAACAGAAUCAUCUUCAAAUGCAUGAAAGAACACAUACUGGAGAGAAACCCUAUGAAUGUAUUCAAUGUGGUAAAGCCUUUGCACAGCGUGGUAAUCUUCAAAUGCAUGAAAGAAUACAUACUGGAGAAAAAAAACUAUGUAUGUAAUUAAUGUGGUAAAGCAUUUGUAUCACAGUCAUCUUCAAAUGCAUUAAAGAACACAUACUAGAAAGAAACCCCAUGAAUGUAAUCAGUGUUGUAAAUCCUUUGCAUGUAUCAGUAAUCUUUGAAAUAAUGAGAAAAAAUCAUAUUGCAGAGAAACCCUAAAAAUAAGUGUGGUAAAGUUUUUCACUUUACACAACAGUAAAACUUUUGUGUGCAUUCAAUCUCUUAAAGCCUUUGCUUAUCACAAUAGACUUUGAGUACCUGAAAAUGAUACUGAGGGCCAUUUAUUAUAAUGUAUUUAGUAAGAUCUUUAGCCAACGCACUUACAGUCAGUUCAUAACAGUAUUCUGUAGAAAAAAUUGACAGUGUCAACAAACUAUUCAAGUAUUAUUAUGUCCAUUUUUAUAUUGUUUGCACCAGGUAUCUCAUGGGGGAAAAACAAAUUUACAAAGCAUUAUGUGUAGGGUAAAAGGGCCAGCUAAAGAAACACACCCUUCAACUAGAGUUAAUGAAACACACUUUGUCCCUGAUUCCAAAGCCAGUGAAAGAUACACUGUGGCCCUGAAAUUAGGGCCAUAAUUUUAAGAAGGGCCUAGUGAAAGAAACGCACAUUGUCCAUGAAACCACAGCCAAUGAAACACACUCUAGCUUUGACCAGCUGAGCAUAAAACCAACCAAUCCAUGAGCAUGAAAUCCAGCCAAUCUCUGAGUUUAUUCAGGCACAGGUAUUGAAAUCCAACCAAUGCCCACCCCAAAAAUAUUCCUGCAAAAACUCUUCCCCUAAGAAGCCUCAUAUAAGCCUUGUGCAUGUUCAGUUGGCUGCUGCUCUUUUUCAUACUGGCAGAGACAGACUCUCUCCUGGAUUCCUCCCUCCCCAAUAAAUGUCUUGAAUGAGUUUUGAGUGAAGACAUCCUUUUGCCCAAGUGGAUCAGAAUAUCCCCUAGUGGAUUGGAGCAGAGACGCAAUGGACAUCUCUUCUAGGAAACUCCCUUAGGUGAGUGGAACAGAACAGCAACAGACAUCUCUGCUGGGAACCUCUUAGCAGAAUUGAGCAGAGCCCAGCUGUAAGGGCUAUCUCUCAGAGGGAAGCAGGAUUGUUCAUCCUGUAGAGAUAUCAUCCCCCACCAGAACACAGCUUCUGGUAUGGCCUGACUUCCUGUAAGGAUAGCUUUCUCCUCACAGCUGUAAUUAUAUAGGAUACUUCCAUUCACAGCUGUAGGUAUAGUAUAGUCUAACUUCCUACAGACAGGGUACCAUUCCUUCCAGAGCUGUAACACUUGCAUUGUGAAUUUAAACAAUAACAUAACCUUUUCAGAGUUCAUAUUUGUCUUAAAUUGCAUGAAAUAACUAAUUCAUGUAUAAAACUUUAUGAAUUUGUAUUAGUUCCUUUUCUGUUAUGAUAGAAUGUCUAGGUCAACUUAUAAAAGAGUUUCAUUUGGCCCUUAAUACCAAAGGGAUACAGAAUCACCAUGAAAGUGGCAUGGCAACAACUGUCAGAUGUGGCAGCUAAAGUAGGAAGCUAAGAACUCAUAUCCUUAACUGUAGUGGGUAGCCAUCCCAGCAUUGGCCUGGAAGUUCCAAUC